UGCAGCUCAGAUCUCCGGAUGGGCUGCCUGGCGGACCUGCAGCUGAUUGGCUCGAGGGAGCUGAUUACGUGCAACAUCCGGUCAGGCCUCGAGCGGUUAAAUUGGCCAGCAGUUCUCUUUGCGCUCUCUCUCUCCCGCCGGCGCUGGAGGGAGUUAAUGGCGGCCUUCCUCCCUCCCGCCCCGGCCGCCGGCCGCCGAAUCCUGCUUCUGCUGCUGCUUUUUCUUGGGAUCUCGGGUUGCUCAGGUAGCGGGCUAGGCAGGGAGGAGGGAGCGGAGUCCUGCACUGAACCUAUGAUUACACCUUCCUACUAUACCACAUCUGAUGCAGUCAUUUCCACUGAGACCGUUUUCAUCGUGGAGAUCUCUUUGAUGUGCAAGAAUGGGGCACAGAAUGUGGCCCUCUAUGCUGAUGUUAAUGGAAAGCAGUUUCCGGUGACUCGUGGCCAGGAUAUUGGCCGAUAUCAGGUAUCCUGGAGCCUGGAACAUAAGAAUGCCUAUUCUGGAACCUAUGAAGUCAAGUUUUUUGAUGAAGAAUCUUACAGUCUUCUAAGAAAGGCCCAGAGAAGCAAUGAGGAUGUGUCAACCAUCAGUCCUUUGUUUAUAGUCAGCGUGGACCACCGGGGUGCUUGGAACGGGCCUUGGGUCUCCACAGAGGUGCUGGCUGCAAUGAUUGGCAUGGCGAUCUAUUACAUGGCCUUCAGUGCCAAAAGCAACAUUCAGUCCUGAACCUGUCUCCUUCCAGAUUUUUCUUCCUGCAAAAUAAAAAGGUUCCUUCACUCGGAA